AUGACAUGCCAAUGUUGUUCCACCUCACGCGGGCUGGCGGAGGAGAAAAACAUACUGGAAACGAGUGAAGAUCGUCACCAUGGCGACAGCGAUUUAUCUCGAACAUUAUCUCGAUAGCAUUGAAAACCUGCCCUGUGAGCUCCAGAGAAACUUCACACUGAUGCGGGAACUGGACAGCAGAGCGGAGGAAAAGAAAUGCGAAAUCGACAAGCUCGCAGAAGAAUACAUCACUAACGUCCGAAACCUGGCCCCGGAUCAGAGAAUGGAGCACCUGCAAAAGAUUCAGAACGGAUUCAGCAAAUGCAGAGAGUACAGCGACGACAAAGUGCAGCUCGCCAUGCAGACGUACGAGAUGGUGGACAAACACAUCCGAAGGCUGGACGCUGACCUCGCUCGCUUCGAGAACGAGCUGAAGGAGAAGUUGGACGUCAGCGGCUACGAAAGUCCAGACAACAGAACGGCCAAGAAGGUGAGCGGCAGAGGAAGCCUGAAGGAAAAGCGGCGACCGAAAGGAAGAGGACGGAAAUCUUCAGACGACGACUCGCCGCGGAAAAAGAAAAUGAAAAACGGCCCCGAGUUCUCUGAAUCCGUCUUGCCAGUUCACCCAUCAGACGUCUUAGACAUGCCUGUGGAUCCCAACGAGCCCACGUACUGCCUCUGUCACCAGGUGUCAUAUGGAGAAAUGAUCGGAUGCGACAACAUGGAUUGUCCCAUCGAGUGGUUUCACUUCGCCUGUGUUGAUCUGACAACGAAACCCAAAGGGAAAUGGUUCUGUCCACGAUGCACCCAGGAUCGAAAGAAAAAAUGAGAUGUUGAGAUUACGUUUCUAUAUGAAUAUACAUAUGCAUAUGUAUGUAUUUUGUUUAAGUGGUAAAAUAGGAUAAUAUAUACUCCUUUAUAUGGCCAUGAUGAAAUAUAUGAGGGUCAGGAGAAAACAAAGCCUUUAUUUUUCAAAGUACUUGAAAUGUUUCCAUUUGUUUGAGUUUCAUUCUGUGUUGUCAAAUUGUCUUUUUAGGCAAUUUUGGAUAUAUUAUAUAUGAUAUA